UUUUUUUUUUUUUUUUUUUAAACCAGUCUGUUUUCUAAAAUUCAUUUGUGGCAGAGUUAAAAUGGCCUGAAGCUCUGCUCUCCAGCAGCAAGACGAACUGAAAAGAAACUGAAACUGUGUGUGUGUCGGGGGGGGGGAGGCAGGUUCCCAUAGUCCUCUAAUAAUGACUUUGACUUGAACCAAGAGUUGGUUUGUUACUCAAAUUUCAUUAGUAGAAUGAGAAAAACAUUGGUCCACGGCCUUGUCAUCAAUUGUAUAGUUCUGUGCUCUAUUUCUAAUUCUAUAUGCAGUUACUUGUGUAAUGUGUGCUAGCAUAAAGGGUGGUGAGUGGCUGUACUUUGAGAAUCACAUCUGCUUCUGAAUGUCUGUUUUGUUUACUCUGCAUUGUAUGUCACUUUGGAGAGAAGUGUCUACUAAAUGGAUAAAUGUAAACAUCAGUAACACAAAGAGCUCUGUGGGCUGAGGCAGCAGGAAGGCUUUUUGGACCAGAAUACUGUGGAACCAUGAACUCUCCCCUUCCCUACUAAGCAGCUUGCAGAGACCAGGAUGGUAAAUGUGUCAUCCACACACCUAAGCACCUCCUUAGGCAUUUAUGAUCCGCCGUAAAUAAAACGGCACGCUAAAGGACUGUGGCCUGAACCAGAGCAAGGUGUUAAACAGCAGGCAGUGCCCAUGGUUACUAUGUAUCAGCAAAGCGGGUGAAGCUUUUGCGUGAUUUGAAUCGGUGUGCUUGCUCUAUUUAUGAAAAAUAUAUACAAAAUACUUUGGUAAUGGCAAAAAGCUUGUUACUCAAAAGUUCAUAAGUCAGGGACUGACUAUAUUUAAUUUAUCCCUGAUUACAGAAGCUACCCGGUGAACAAAUGGAGGUAUGUUUGAAUUAAGCUAUUUUGACAGCGUACUAAAUCAGCUGCUGCCAAACAGGCUUGUGGUGCAAAGGUCGCUGGCCACUUUUGUGAAGUUUACCAUCAAGCACGCAGUCGGCAUUUAAGAUGAAACACUUUUUAAUACAUUCUUCCUGCACCAUCUUCUAUUGCACUGAAACUCACCUCCCUUUACUCCACUGUUUGACUCUCACAGGGCAUUGUCUGGCACAACAAUGUUUAGUAGGUAGUGGAGAUUAUGUAUCUUUUACUUUCUUUUUAAGAUACUUUGUUACUUCAUGUUAAUAAAAGAUAAUAAAAUAAACUGGUGUCCAUGCUGUAUUUUUGCCUCAAAUGUCUCCAGUUCAGAGCGAUAAAGACCCUGCGGUGUAUGAGCUGUUCAUAAAACUAGAAUAAAGUCUUAUAGCAAAUUUUAAUUUCAUCAUAGCUUUCCUCAUGUUUUAAGUUAUUUAACCGUGAAGAAAACCUAGAAUUAAGCUGUAUUAUUAGGCUUUUAUUGUGACGUAGUAGGUAUAAACACAGGAGCAGAAAACGCAUCGAACCUCCGAAGAAAAGCCAGUUCAAAAGAAAAGUUUGCAAAGGCUUCAUAGGAUUGGUUCAGCGGUGAGUCCGAGGUCCCGCCUCCGUAAGAUCACGUGACUCAGCGUAGUGGAGCGGACCAAUCAGCAGUGUCACUAAGUUCUCCCCGCAGCGCGUGGCAGGUGUUCGAGUUGUCUUAUUAUUUUAUAUAUAUUUGGUGGUUUAGCAACGACAGCCUGUACCUAUUAAAUGAAAACUAAAGCGACUCACCGGAUAAAUAGCCGGGAAAACGUCUUUUUAAGUGAACGGAGAGUUGAAUGUGAAGGAAAAAUAAACAAGCGGCUGCUGUGCUUUUGAUUUGUUGCGUUUGCCGACAUUUCGUGGGGAGAAUCAGAAUGGGGCUAAUUUUUGGCGAAGAAGAUUUUUUUUGCGCUCCUAUUACAGAAUUUCUAAGCUGACCUCAGUAAAGGUACUGAUGGGUGUGUUUGAAGCUGCAUGGCCUCGGUUUCUUACGCGUCUCAAGUAGGAAACGACGAGUGAGUGUACAGUAUUGGGCGAAGCCACACGUGCGAGUGGGUGUAUCGUCGUCGUCUGAAUUAUUCCUGAACGUCAGGUUAUGUGUAGUAACUAUCUCCGAAAAAGCCGGGCUGUUUGGCCGUGCUCCUCCUCCUCCUCCUCUCGCUGGCGCAGGUGAGCGCGGAAAGAAACGCCUUCAUCUUCGCAGGCUUCCGGCGUCUCAAGGAGCAGCGGACACAGUUACGUACUGAGCACAACAAUUUGAACAAUGACAAUGUCUCGUUUCGACGCUGCCAAACUGAGUGUGUCUAACGACUCGCAGCGUCUGGGCGGGUGCGAGGUGGACAGCGCUACUAAGAUCAGCCUCGCCUCGCUCUACACCUUCAUGAGUUUGCUGGGCACCGCGCUCAGCGCGCUCGUCGUCUACCUGGUGCUGUGCUUCAAAACGCUGCGCACCGCCAGCAACGCCUUCAUCGUGAACGGCUGCGUCGCCGACCUGCUCGUGUGCGCGUGCUGGGCUCCGCACGAGGCGCUGCUCGCGUCCGGCGCAGCGCGUCUCGCGCCUGGCCACCGCGCCUUCGCCGAGGCGCUUCUCUUCCUCGGCGUCUCCGCGUCCCUGCUGUCCCACUCCCUGGUGGCCGUGAACCGCUACGUGCUCAUCACGAGGGCUCCCGCCACCUACGUGUGGCUGUACCAGCGGAGACACGCGCGGUGGAUGAUAGCGGCGUCCUGGCUGCUGUCGCUGGGGGGUCUGCUGCCCUGCCUCGCGUCCUCGAGGCACCCGCCCGCGGAAGGAUGCGCACAUGAUCCGUCCGCUCCCUGGUCCGUGCUGUCGAACUCUCCUUGCGCGCAAGCCAUACUAGCGCUCACUAUCCUCAGCCAGUCUGUCGUGCUCCUCUUUUGCUAUUUCAAAAUUUUUCGCAAAGUGCAGAUGAGCAUGAAGAGGGUGAGCGUGCUCAACUUCCAGAUCGUCAACAACCUGCCCUACACCUUCCCCCGGAGGGACCGGCGCCUCGGGCUCUACGUGCUGGCCGUGUGCUGCGUCUUCCUGCUGGGCACCGAACCGCUGCUCUGGGUUUUGCUCGUGGGCUUCUGGGGGCACGUGCCCCCCGGCGCUCGCGUCGCCUCCUGGGGGGUCUUCUGCGCGCUCUUCGUGCUCAACCCGUUCCUGUACACGUGGAAGAACGAGGAGUUCCGCAGGAGCUUCAGGUCCGCGCUCAGGGGGGACCUGUGCUCGGGUCCGAGGGUGGACGCGGAGCCCACGAGCGUCCAUACCGUGGCUCACCUGUCCCUGAGACAGAACAGCACAAGAAUGAACUGAAUGUCCGGCCACCCCUUAACCGCCACUGACUGUCCUAUCCCCAUCCAAAACCGGAACCGGAGCUUCAAACGACCGCGCACUCUGCUUUAACACGUCACAUCGCCACGUGCUGAGCUAAUAUGUAUAUACUGUAUAUGAAAAAAAUGACAGCCAUUCCUCAGCUGAGCUACUGUACUUCGUAACGAUUUACAGAGCUGGGUCGUUUCACUGUAUCAGUUCAGGACACGUAUACCGAGAUCAAGGGUAGUGCCACAGGACUGGGACUCGAACCAGCAACCUUCAGACAAGACAAUAGCCCUGAGCAAGGCACUGCCUGCUGCCACCACAACUGAAAUAAUUAACUUAGGCAACUGAUUUAAACCCAGAAGUGGAACUUAAAGUUAUCGAUAUUCUCUCUAUUUUCCCGAUAUUUGGAAGCUUAACUCGUCCGUUAUUUCGUUGUCAGUGGAAUGUAGAAUAAUAUUAAUCUUUUUACCGCAGUCACGAGCGUAUUUGUGUAGUAGAUAACCUGCAGUAGCUCUAUGACCCUUUCAAUGCGACACCUUAUGAAUUGUGGAGAACUCAUAGUAAAAAAAAUCCCUCGGGAGUCCUUUUGCCAGUAAUUUCGAGUGAAAGACACAAUUUUACUGCGAAACAUGGUAUUCGCUUUGCUCACACACUGUAAGCCCGAACACGCUCCGUGCAGAGGGAAGAACUGAACCAUCACUAGUAUACGUUCUGUACCAAAACGAUUCAUUCAUUCAUUCAUUCACACACAGUCCCAAGCGGGGUCGCAGAGCCUAACCUGGC